AUGCACGCCUCUGUUGCUUGUUCCUUCCUUCUCUCUUUCAUUCUCUCGAUUUUCACCAUAACUGUCCGUGCUGACAACGCUUCAACCAUAUCAAAGCCGACUCCAUUCAAAUUAAACGACAAGGCAAUAGUCUGCAAUGUGGUAAACUCGCCCCCUGACGAAGCCAUCAAAUCACUUGAAAGGACUCUAGUGGAAACGUUGGAGAAAAAAUUCGAACAGCUUAUAGCCGCAGUUAACAAAACAGCUGAAGGUGCAGUUAGCAAAACAGCUGAAGGUAAUCUAUCCGAUUAAUUCCUUGUCACCAAUUAUUCCACUUGAACUGAAUUGUUUCUUUAUCUCUUCUGUUUUCUUCCUCUAGCUUCAUGUAAAGACAUCUAUGACAACCACAAGUGAGUUCUAUGAAUUUCUUUUAUUUUCACCUUUAAGUUCGUCCCCGAACAUAAUUUAGUGACCUUACAAAGACACUUUAAAAAAGCUGAAACCUGUGUAACACUGGCAUCGACAGUAUUUUCAAGGCUUUACCGUCUUUACUAUAUUGGUGAAGAACAGGCUAUCAAGAAAGACGACUAAAACUUGAACAAUGCUCUUGCGGUGAUUCCGUAACUUUGUGUAAUCUUUCAGAACAACCUCGCGAAGUGAGAGCAAAACACCCCGGGAUUUACCUUUGUUCUUUCAAUCACGCACCUUUAACACGCGAAUUUUCAUCUUAAAAUUUCUUCUUAGUGUUUAUGAAGCAUCCCUGAACUGGAACCAAUUAGGGUUUUGACGCAAACCCAACACUGAAUGUAAAUCGUUUAGUUUGUUUUACGAUCUGAUGUGAAAAAGAAGCAGUCAAGAGAAUAUACAGUUUUUAAAAUAAGAUUACUGGCUGAUUAAUUUGCGACUGGAUCCAUCAGAAUAAACUGAAACACUUUAGUGGACGAAAAUAAUCGCGUGCGUUUCAAAAUUCGUGGACUUGACUGCCACGCAACUUGCAUUGUACUCAAUUAAAAAAAAUGUAAACCAGCAGUUACAAACAAGACAUCCCGUUUCGAGGAAGGAGAUUAAGAGGUUCGUUUUUAUUUGAAGUAGGAGGAAAAUUUUUAGACAAAGAUCGUCGCGUUACAGCGUAAAUAUUAUAUGUAUUAAGCCACUACGACUAUGAGAAGCAAGUUUUGACGGGGAAAAAAAAAUUUAGAUUGUCGGAACUGGAAGUGCUCGAGUUAAGGAAUUAGAAGUAGACUGCGACCGAAUUUAAACUUGGGCUUUUACACAGGUAGUCCAAGUAACUACUGACUGAAUACAUAUGGUGUUCCUCUUUGUAAGGUCCGAAGGAAACAAACCUUACCUCUUACUGGUAAGCCCCCAGAAAAAGGUGCCCGUGUACUGUCACAUGGCAAGCCUGGGUGCGUGUGGAGGUGGCGGUUGGACGCAGGUCAUGAAAAUAGAUGGCGAUAAGGUGUGAAGAGUUCGAAAGUGUACCUGGGCAAUUCGUUCACAAAAUUUCUCAAGUUAGCGUUUUAAGAAAGGGUUAUUUCAAAAUAAAGAAGCCGUCUAUAAUUCAGUAGGUCUCGAGACAAUUUUGCGUAAGACUGGACUCCAAGAUGCACAACAAUCAUUCUUGCGUUAGAGUGACGUCGACGUGUAAACUAAAAUAUCUGGCCUACGUGUAGACAUAUCAAACUCUUUCCCCAGCGCGACGAACAUUUGUUUUUCUCGGUUCCAGGUGUACGCGACCACUAAGCCUUCGUGAUGCACAAACAUGAUCUCUGUUGCGAAUUUUCAAAAUGGCGGACAGGCUAAAGAGGGAAAUAAAAAAAGCAAAGCGAUUUUGCAACAAAUACUUGACAUAAACCCCCGUUAGAAAGGCGAAUCCACAAUAGAAAGAUACAAAACUGUAUGAUAUUGAGAUAAGGGAGGUUGACAAAAUCAACAAGAGAGGUUGAAAAUUCAUGACGUUGGCUAUAGCACAUGCUUCGAUGAAUGGACACCCUUCAGGGCCGAUAGAGGAUCUGGAUAUUUUCCGUUUGUUCGCAGCGAAAAGCUGUUCAUUCCCUCGGAAAACUUUCUAGAGGAUAGAAAAGAAUCGUUCCAUGGCCAACUUGCUCGUGAAAUAAAGAAAAAGCUUUGGUCUGGACGGCGAGAGGACCCUGAUAUAAACAUAGACCUUAAUGUUGACCAAGAUGUUUUCAUGGAAGGUGUUGGGAGUGUUUUGCCCGGCGUUCUUCAACGAGGGAAGAUGGUUUACCAAUCGGAGUCAAAUAGGGUGCUUGAUUCAUAUCUGGGGCUGAAGUGGGAUGAAAGAAUUUUAAAUGUAGCUGAAGAUUUUGCCUAUGUAAUUCCAGGAACUAUUAAGUAUUGGCUGGGACAAAGAAGUCCAAUCAUUGAAUACAAGCUCAUCGUUGUAGGUGUUCUUAAACCCUUUCAUAACCUGCUGCCUCCAGGAACUGAAUCCUGUUUUUCUUCAGAAACAGUUCUUUGAGGGCAUCAACCCCUUUGUGAAUUGUGGAUCUGAAGAAAUCUUUAGAAGCUCUAUUAUUGUAUUUUUCCAAGCCUUGCUGUGUGUAAUAUGCUAUGUUCUGAUAAAGUGACAGGAACUCAGGAACAUGAUAACAUAGUGCAUGCAUGUAGAGAGUGACAUCUUUUGCUUGUUAAACUUUGAGAAAGUGCUCAAACCAUAAUUUGCUAUUUCUUUGCAGUUCAAGAAUACCCUCUUCAUAUGUAAAAUCUAGCCUCAAAUCACCAAUUAUGUCCAUAAAUUUAGCUCAGAUCACUUGUAUGUCUUUGUUUUGACAAGCAUAGGUCAGACUUUUUAUAUUCUGAAAGAGUUUCAACUUUUCUGGUUCAGUAAGAUCUCUAUAUUCCAGCUUUUUGCUCUCUUUGUUGAUUCUAAAAUUAAAAGUGAUUCCCAUACUUUUGAUAAAUUCUUCAUAACAUGCCAUGUGUUUAUAUUUAUCUCUUGGGAAUCUAUCAGAGGUUUUUUUUCUUGUAAACAAGUUAAUCAAAACAUCUGAAAUCCUCAGAAAAAAAAUGUAAUAUAUCUAUGAUGACAAGGUCCAUAGGUAUAAAAUCAAAUAAUGGUUGUGCCUUACAGUUUAAUUUCCUUCCAGUGGAAAACCUUGCUAUUUCGGUGACAGUUCUAGCACCAAAUUUGGGGUCAUUAAUUGACCAUGUUUUGCUUGUGUCCCACCAUUGCUCCCUGGGACACUUGCACCACACACAAGCAUAAUCCUCAUUUGCCCUGCCCAAACCACAUACCAGUGCUAAAAAUUUCAAAUCUCCACCUAAAAGUAUUCAAUUUUAUAGGUGCAAUUAUUUGCACUUAUCUCCUUUAAGUUUGACAUUUCCAUUUGAAGGUCUGCUAGGCUGUCUCUCAGAUUAUGAUAUGUCUCUGUAGUUUUUAUAACAGCAAGUACAUAAUUUCCCUUCUCAGCCAUUGCCACAUCCUUUUCAUUGAGAAUAGUAAAUGUGAAGUUGACAACUGUAAGCCGCUUUCCAAUAUUUGUACCAUCACCGCUAAGCUUGAUCUUAAUAGCUUCUCCAUCAUUGAUUUCUCCAUUCUUCUGAAGCCUAACAAUGUGCUCUUGCAAACUUUCUGCAAAUCCUAGCUGAACUCCUUCAGCAUCUCCUGGUGUUGGUUUCAAGUUCCAUUUACUGUUUAGCUCAUUAAUUCGCUUCUUGAUGGAAUAUGUAUUGGGGAGACCAUUAGCCUUAAUGGCAAUUUCAUGCCAGGCCUAAUUUGAAAUAUUGAAUUUAUCUUUGAGGUAGAGCCACAUAUUUAUGUUAUCAAUGUCAUAAUUAUCAAGGGCCUUUGGGUCAGACUCUGUAAAUGGUAGCUCUCCCUCUCCAACAAGAUUGAAAGUUUCAUAUUGAUUAGUCUCAGUGUUGAGGACUUCAAUUUUGGUUGCAACAAAAUUGUACAGCCUAAGGAAAGAGAGUGUAGUUUGGCACUCGUCCUUCAGUUGGUUUUUAAUUCUCUUUUGAUGGUGCUUAGAAUAGUCAUUAAACUUCUUCUUAGCAGGGCCUCUACCUUUUUUCCCAUUUUUAAUCACUUUUUUGGCCAAUUGAAUAAAUUUUUUCUUGUAGAAGGCCCCUUUCUUCUCAGCUUUCUCGAGAGCUUCUCGGGCUUUUUCAUCCACUCGCAAUCGCUUUGCCUUCUCCUGUACCAACGAUUCUUCUAAUUUUCUUUUUUCUCCCCUUAACUGGCUGUUCUCAUCUUUAAGCUGAUGCACAUCAACCUCGUUGUAAUACACCUUAAAUCGAUACCGAGGGCCCGCUUCCAAAUUGCUAAGAAGUGCAUUUAAUUACCUUCCGCCACGAUUACUAGCUUUCUUGACAGCUUUCUGAAGGCUGAAUAUUUUCUUUCUGAAGACUUCUGAAAUGCGGCUAUUGAUUAUUACACCUCGUAUACCUGAUUGCUCAAACACUUUGUUUACGAUCGUUGAAAGGACCGACUCAUGGUUUUCUCCGUCUUCGUCUUUACAUUGCUUUGACAUAGUAUAGAUUAGUAAGCUGAAACGAAAAAUUAAUCGGGGAAGUUUACGAAAAAUACAGCCAACAAGCUUAGAAAAGGCAUUUAUGUAGACUUCAUACUGCGACAAACUUCACAAAUCUUACUUGUUUAUCUCGUAAGUAAACGAUGGCAGAUUAAUUCCCGAAGCGCUCUCUGAUUUUCCAGAUCCCUCUCCUACUGCUUUCACGCUUACAAAACAGGAAAAAAUCAAAAAAAGAGGAAGAUACAGCUGUUUUGAAACGCCAUUUGACGAGGGUAAAUCUGCUUUUUGUUCGACACUUUACAUACCAAAGCCAGAGAUUCCAACCCUCCCGAUUUGAUGUCUUGCCUCCCGCUCUCCCGAUUUUUACCAAAUUCUCCCGAUUUAUCAUAAAAUUAUGAAAACUAGGGGAAAAUUGCUAAUCUUUAGAAUUUUUGGCGAUCUGUCACUGUGAAACACUCAUAUUAUACUUACUUUCUUCGCGAAGAGCAUUAAGGUAUGUUAUAACUCAGGCCGGAAUGAUGUCAAAAUUCAGGAAAUGGCACUUGAGAGAACCUAAAUUUGCAAAAUUUCCCGGGGGCAUGCCCCCUGACCCCCCUAAAAGCUCGCGCCUUUGGCACUAAUAAUUACUCCCUAUUUUCCAUCACAUGGGGUUGGAAUCUCUGCAAAGCAAAGGAAAUUUGUUACUCUUUUUGAUUCUGGCGGUACAUUUUUAAUUUGCGCCUGCGUAAAAGAGGUAUCGUUUGAGACCCUUCGCUUGGUUGUGUUUUGAUCAAAAACGCCUUGUUAAUUUCACGCAACCGCUCGGAGAAAAGGUAAAAAUGACGGGGGUAAAUCUGCUUUUUGUUCGACACUUUACAUAUCAAAACAAAGGAAAUUUGUUACUCUUUUUGAUUCUGGCGGUACAUUUUUAAUUUGCGCCUGCGUAAAAGAGGUAUCGUUUGAGACCCUUCGCUUGGUUGUGUUUUGAUCAAAAACGCCUUGUUAAUUUCACGCAACCGCUCGGAGAAAAGGUAAAAAUGACGGGGGUAAAUCUGCUUUUUGUUCGACACUUUACAUAUCAAAACAAAGGAAAUUUGUUACUCUUUUUGAUUCUGGCGGUACAUUUUUAAUUUGCGCCUGCGUAAAAGAGAUAUCGUUUGAGACCCUUCGCUUGGUUGUGUUUUGAUCAAAAACGCCUUGUUAAUUUCACGCAACCGCUCGGAGAAAAGGUAAAAAUGACGGGGGAAAAACUUUACCUUCAAGUUAGAAAAUUAGCGAAAUAGAAAGCCAAAAUAUUAUAGUUUAAAAUUUCAGAGGUACAUUGAGUGCUUUUUCCGUAGAGAAUUCGCACGAUGGUAAAAUAUUCGAAAAUUACACUCGAUUUGAGUGGGGUGUUGAACUGGGCGUGGUCGCUAUAUUCAUGUUAAGACUAUUUGUACCCCAUGAGUUUGAUAUGGUUCCGCAAGAAUGUAAAAAAAUAUAGUCGAGGUGAGAGAUGUCAGACACGUUAAGCACCCACGAUGUAUCACUCGUGCAUGCUGGUCUAAAUAUCUCACUCUGCUACGUUCUAUUAACGACGGUCACUUUUUCGCGCCCUAGCUCUCAUUGAACAUGUACAGCUUCGAAAAAAAAGAAGCGCUUCUGAAGAUAUUUAUUCGGAUUUCCCUGGGUAGAAUGCGACAACAUCACAAAAUAUCAUCGCCAAAAUAGAGAAGAAUGAGCCAAUGUUAUGUGCCAGGAAAUUUGAUAUUUUUCUUUCUAUUUAUCAGCUUACAUUUCGUUACAAUUCCCAAUUGUGGAACAAUAAAGUCGACUUUAACCUUCCUGGUGGGAAGACUGGACUGGACAAACAGGAGACUAAACUGCCAACCUACUGGAGCACACACUUCUCCAAGGUCUGUCUCGGUAUGAAGCUCGGCCACCAGGUGCGCUUCAUUAUGAUCAACAAGCAUGCAAACUCCCUGUACUCACUGAUCGCCGACGGAAAAUAUCGUGCCACCACAUUGGGUCGUCACCAAUGGAAGACUCUCUUGGGAUCCCAGUCCUCGCUGCAGGAGCAUUGUAACCUGGAAGGGUUUAAUGUACAUCCACGCCCAAAUCGCCGCAGGGUCAGAAUUGGUAUCCUUGGAAAUAACGAAAACCAUUGCAACUCUAGUGAUUCUAGAAUUGGUUUUGGUUCUGCUGAUUCCUCUAACGUUUGUGGUAAUGUGGCUGCAUGGAGAGGGGAUAAUGGAGAUAAGCAAAUAAAGGCCAUGGGAUACAUUUUCGUUCAGUGA